AAAUUUUCAUUUGUAAAACAUUUUUUUUGGAAAUAGUUUCUAAAUUUUAGUAGUUUUUGGCUCGAUUUCAUUAUUGCUCCAGGGUAAGAUGGCUGAUCAGUUAACUGUGGAGGAGAUUGAGGAAAUAAGAGAAGGUUUUAAUCUCUUUGAUAAAAAUGAAGACGGUAAUAUUCCAAUUACAAAUCUUGGUCUUGUUAUGCGUUCUCUUGGUCGGAAUCCAACAGAAAGCGAACUACGUGACAUGAUUACUGAAAUUGAUAUAGACAAAAGAGGAGUUGUGGAAUUUGACGAUUUUCUUAUAAUGAUGGAACGGUAUAUGCAUAAUGUCAGCACUGAAAAUGAAAUUCGUGAAGCGUUUCGUGUGUUUGAUCCCGAUGGAAACGGUUUCCUUACUGUAGCUGAUUUAAAAGAUAUAAUGACUACAAUGGGUGAACAGUUAAGCGAAGAAGAGGUAGAAGAAAUGAUAAAAGACGCUGACGUUAAUAAUGAAGGGCAUAUCAACUACAAUGAUUACGUUACAAAAAUGUUUCAAUAUCAAUAAUGACUCAGUCGUGAAAAGUAAAAAAGAAAAAUUUCAAGAACUUACAAAGUAUAUGAAAUGGACUGAUAUAACUUUUGAUAGACAAAUAAUGCACUGUAAGGAGUUCGUUUUAAUAAUGUGUCAAUAUCUGUAAUGACAACUAAGAAUGGGAAGUUAAUCUAAUUAAUAGUAAUAAAUUGCUGUUUGACAGUAAUUUGACUGGAAGAAGGCAAAUUAACAACGAUGCCUCAGUUUUCAACUCAUUAUUUUGAGAGUUUUGAGUUUUGAGUAAUAAACUUCCGAAUAAAUUUCCUAGUUGUUCGAAAAAAUGCCUAAAAACCCUGGAAGAGAAGAAUUUAAUAUAUUUGUUUCAACCGUGAGCCAAAUUGACAGAAUAAAAUUUGGUCGUUCAGUAUCACAUGUUA